UGGGGGUCUUGAAAUGGAGAAUGGGGUGAGAAGAUGGUUGGUCAACGUCUCGCAGUGGAAUCCUUCUGAGGCUCAGUUUGCAUCCGUUAUUUCUCUCUUUCCGGUGGAUGAGCAGACAGCCAUCACCAGAUAUAUCUGUAUGUAUGAUGACAAGCUGAUCAAGUUUUGAGUUGUGUAUAUUAAUCAGCAUGCACCGUUCCAUAAAAGUUGGACCGGUCGAUCUUCUUACAUCAAACUUGCAUAUAGAUAGGUACAUAAAGUUCGAGGACAAGAAACGGGCACUUGUCAGUCGAUUACUUCAGUACUCACUUGUGCAUGAAGUUUUGGGUAUACCCUUUGACAAGAUUAUCAUUCACCGCACAGCUGAGGGAAAACCAUAUCUGGUAUGAUUGUUGUUCUGUUUAGUCAUCAUUUUCAUUGGUCCAGAUCUGCUUUCUAUGUAUCUGUAGAUUUAAAUCAAUCGUCACCUAUGUAUGAAAUAUUGGCUCCUAAUUUGGAUCAAGAGUAGGAAACGUGCAGCAUAUGGUUGCAAAGUUGAAAGCUUGUUGCGAGAAAAAUAGUAUAGAUUUUCCAUUUUCAAAUUUCAACUUCAAUGUAUCACAUCAUGGAGAUUAUGUGGGCAUAGCAUCUGAGCUGCUGUGCCUUGUUGGUUUGGAUAUUGUUUCCAUUACAACCCCCAAGCAAGAAACAGAACUUGAGUUCAUCAAUAAUUUUUCGCCAUAUUUAACUGUUUUAGAGUGGAAGAACAUUGCGCAUGCUGGUAGUUCAGAAGAAAUGUUGGCUGAGUUCUACAGAUACUGGUGUCUGAAGGAAGCAUUUGUGAAAGCUAUUGGUGCUGGGUUGGGCUAUGGCUUGCGCAGAUUAGAAUUUCACCAUACAAACUGGACUGGCAUAUCUGUUUAUAUUGAUGGAGUUGAAUCAAAGAAAUGGAGGUUUUCACUUUCCAAGCUUGAUGAAAAACAUUGGGUGUCUAUAGCAAGCGGACUUCCAAAUAAAGCUGAUGAACUGUGUUGCAGCAAUUUGUCGCUUCCAGAGCUUGGAUUCACCUUCCGCAGCGUGGAAGAACUCAUUUCAAAUGUUAAUUGAGGGAGCCUGAUAUUUACAUGAGGGUUUAGUCAAUUAGUAGUUCUUUAGCGGUCUGAUUGAGAUUCCAUUCAGUUGUCACAAGCAAGAUUUGUAGAACUAAUCUGAAUCUUUACUCUUUAUGUAUGAUAGCACCAUUGUUAGGCAUUUGCCCCUACUUUCAUGGCAGAUGACAAUUUAUGUAUGGAUAUUGUUAUAAUCUCACAUAUCACUUAAUAUUCAAAGUUUUCUUUCAUUCAA